CUGUAAUUAAAAUAGAUUAAAUUGACCAAAUCUUCAAUAUUUUCUGUUAGUUGGACGUUCUGAUAAAAACCCGCGCUAUUAGUUGAGCGAAGUUUGUAAUCAUACGUAUUUUUGUACCUGUUGAAGUUAGUGUAGUUUGAAAGUUUGUUCAGUUUUAUCACAUAUAUUUAUAUUUAUUUGUACUUGUCACAUACAUUAUUCGUUUCAAUUAUGGAUAUUGCCGAAGCUCGUGAAGGUAUUAAUAAAGUUAAAGAUGAAGUUGGUGCUCGGUGUCAGAAAUUGUUUCAAGACUUUUUGGAAGAGUUUCGAGAAGAUGGAGAAGUGAAAUAUUUAGAAGCUGCCAAGGAAUUACAGUCUUUAGAAAGAUGUACCCUUGAAGUCAAUUUUGAAGAUAUUGAAAAAUACAAUCAGAAUCUCGCCACUGCAAUAAUUGAAGAAUACUAUCGAAUAGACCCAUAUUUGUGUCGUGCUGUCAGAAAUUUUGUGAAAGAUCAUGGUGAAGGAUUAGGAAACAAAGAAUUUUAUAUUGGUUUUACUGAAGUCCCUACAAGGCAUAAAAUUCGUGAAUUAUCCACAUCAAAAAUAGGCACAUUAAUUCGUAUUUCAGGACAAGUCGUUAGGACACAUCCUGUCCACCCAGAGUUGGUCUCUGGAACAUUUAGUUGUUUAGACUGCCAAACAGUAAUUAAAGAUGUCCUACAACAAUUUAAAUAUACACAGCCAGUUAUUUGCAGAAAUGCUGCAUGUGCUAACAGGAGAAGGUUUAUGUUGGACGUAGAUAAAUCUAAAUUUGUGGACUUUCAAAAAAUUAGAAUUCAAGAAACACAGGCUGAACUACCUAGAGGUUGUAUCCCUAGAAGUGUUGAAGUAAUUUUACGUGGAGAAGUUGUGGAAUUAGUCCAAGCAGGUGAUAGGUAUGACUUUACUGGAACCUUGAUUGUUGUACCAGAUGUCGGAUCUUUAGCUCUCCCUGGAGCCAAAGCAGAAAGUGGUGCUCAUCAUAAACCAGGUGAAAGUAAUAAUGAAGGAGUUAGAGGUUUGAAAGCGCUUGGCGUUAGAGAUUUACAUUACAGAUUGGCAUUUUUGGCUUGCAGUGUUACACCAACAAUCCCUCGUUUUGGUGGAAGUGGAGAACUGUUGAUGGAAGAAGUGACUCCUGAAAUAAUGAGAAAAAACAUGACUGAAGCAGAAUGGACUAAAAUUUAUGAAAUGAAUCAAGAUAAAAAUUUAUAUCAAAAUCUUAUAAAGAGUUUAUUUCCAUCUAUCCAUGGUUGCGAUCAAGUAAAAAAAGGGGUUUUACUGAUGUUGUUUGGUGGGGUUCCAAAGACUACUAUGGAAGGGACAACAUUAAGAGGUGACAUUAACUGUUGUAUUGUUGGAGAUCCAAGCACAGCAAAAUCACAAUUAUUAAAACAGGUCGCUGACUUGUCUCCUCGAGCUAUUUAUACAUCAGGUAAAGCAUCUAGUGCUGCAGGUUUGACAGCAGCUGUGGUUCGAGAUGAAGAAUCUCCAGACUUUGUUAUUGAAGCUGGAGCCCUUAUGUUAGCAGACAAUGGUAUUUGUUGUAUAGAUGAAUUUGAUAAGAUGGAUCCCCAUGAUCAAGUUGCUAUUCAUGAAGCUAUGGAACAACAGACUAUUUCCUUAGCUAAGGCUGGAGUACGUGCAACUUUAAAUGCCAGAACAUCAAUUUUGGCUGCUGCAAAUCCUAUUGGAGGACACUACGAUAGAACCAAGUCACUUCAAAACAACAUAACUCUCACUGCACCCAUUAUGUCAAGAUUUGAUUUAUUUUUUGUAUUGAUUGAUGAAUGUAAUGAGGUUCUUGAUUAUGCCAUUGCACGGAAAUUAGUUGCUUUGCAUAACAAUGUAGACGAUAGUGAGGAAUCUCCUUACACCCAAGAAGAAGUUCUUCGAUAUAUUACCUUUGCUCGUCAAUUCAAGCCAAUUAUUAGUGAAGAAGGAGCCAAAGUUUUAGUUGAGAGAUAUACUCUUUUGAGGCAACGGGAUGGCAGUUCUGGAUCGAAAUCCACCUGGCGAAUCACUGUUAGACAGUUAGAAAGCCUCAUUAGAUUGUCUGAAGCUAUGGCAAAGAUGGAAUGUCUGGACGAAGUUUUGGGAAGACAUGUCAAAGAAGCAUAUAACCUACUUAACAAAUCUAUUAUAAGGGUGGAGCAGCCUGAUAUUCAUUUUGAAGAAGAUGAAGAAAAUGAAGUAUUGGCUGAAAAUGAGCAGCCUAAAGAAGCUGAAGCCAUGGAAACUGAGUCAAGUGAACCCUCUCAUGUGAUGACAAAAAAGAAACUUACUCUUUCAUUUGAAGAAUAUAGGACUCUAUCAAAUAUGAUUAUAACACAUAUGAGGAGUACUGAAGAUGAUAUGGAUGGUAUGCGUCGUAGUGAAAUUAUAAGUUGGUAUCUGGAACAGAUAGGCCAUAAAAUAGAUACUGAAGAAGAACUUGUUGAAAAGAAAGCAUUAGUUGAAAAAGUAUUGGACCGACUUAUUCAUCAUGAUGGUGUUAUAAUCCCUCUCAUAGAAGAACCUCAACAGAAGGCAUUUACCGAAGAGGCAGAUCCUAUUUUAGUUGUCCAUCCCAAUUAUGUUGUUGAUGUUUAAGAAUUUUUUUAUUGAUAGAAAUAUUCUUUAUUGUAUUUUAUGUUAAUGAUGUAAAUAGACAAUUUUUAUGUUUAAUAGAAAAAACUGUUUUCUAAGCCUGCUGUUUUAUAUUCAUUUUAAAUAGUUAUAAGUUUAAUUAAUUAAAAUUCAAAAUUAGCCCCCCUCAAAAAUUUGUUAUGCUUUAUGCAACAGGCUUCUGGAUAGCUUGGUAUAAAUCAAAUAUACUGAAAAUAAAUUCAUACAUUUGAUAACAUAAUAAUCGGUCCAUAUUGGAGAUCAGUCGUGUUAAAUACAUUGAAAGAAUAAAACAAUGAGUUUUUGUUUCUUUGAUUUUAUAUUAUUAACUUUUUUAUCAAGUAAUUUAUUAAAAUUGAUAACAAAUAAGAUUCGCGAAUGAAUAAAAUAUGUAAACUAAAAUCAAUUAAGAAAAUUUGACUUGUAGGCUAGGCUAAGGCUGCAAGUAGGUAC